AUGAGCGCACUUCCGUUUAUUUCUCUUAAAUUUAUCUGUUCUUGUUGUUACUGGUUUACUUGUCUUGUCAUACUGAUUCGUCCUACUUGUUACCUAACGUCAGCCUCAUUUGUUUAUAAAGAUUUUAGUGGUAUUUAUAUUAACAACAGUUACGUUAACAAUAACAACAAUAUAAGUUACCGUAGUGUAAGUAGUAGCAGUAGCGUUAGGAGUGAAAGGAAUUACUCGAGGGUAAAUGACUCCCGGGAUGGGACGAACAAUGUGAUAACUAAUGAUUUUGUGCUGAGUGGUGAAGGUGUGGAUCGUGAUAGUAAUCAUGCUCAUGUUGAUAAUAAUGAUGAUGAUGAUGAUGAUAGUUUUUUUAAUGAGAAACGAGACAAACGUGCUGUUACUGCUGGAGAAGAUUUUUAUGAUGAAAAUACUGAUAUGUCGUAUGAUGAAGAUGAUGAGGAUGAUUAUGGUCAAACCAACACCACAGAGAAGGGGCGACUCCUUGGCGCGCCGUGUGAAAACACCUGCAAUCCGGACCUGCAGCACGUCGUUUGCGACGCAGUCACCGGAUUAUGCGAGUGUGAUAAAUCGUAUCCCGUUAAGCUUGGGCCAACAAAAGGAUGUGCAAAACCAAAAAGACUCGGAGAACAGUGUUACUAUCGAGCAACCUGCACCUUUUCGGAUCAACACUCAACCUGUACCCAAGUACUUCAUAAUGCAAUAUGCGAUUGCAGCGAAGGAUAUCACAAAGUUGCUGCUGGAAGGUCUAAUAAAAAAGCCUUUUGUGCAGAAGAUUUGGUGCUGAUAUCAACUGAUAUGUCGACUCUGCUGGGAAUAGCAUCAGGCAUAGCUGUAUUGACAGGACUCAUGUGCUUCGUCUUGAAGCUAUUCAGCCGUGCGAGGUACUCGAGACCUCGACAUUACGCCAACGCCAAUCACGCUCCCCCCAUGCUUUUUUCUAGUGAUACAGGAAUCCCAUUGACGCUUUCGGGCAGACCAUCAUCGCGUUCAAGUCAAAGAAGUGAUGGCGACCCGCUAAAUUGCUCGACAUUUCGUCGUCCCAGCAGUGGAGGAAGUAGAGGACCUCUUGUGCCGACUUCAAGAGCAGGUGCGGCUCGUGCCGCCGCCAUCUUGCUUAUUUCGUGUCAUCUUCAGGCUACUAAGGACGGAACCAAGCACCGACGUACCCUCAGUGACGUUGCUGAGGGAUCCACUGACGGCCUUGGUUCCCGAAGACCGAGCUUGGCGUCGCUGCACAGUUCGGUAUCUUCGGCGAGAAGCUACAGCGCCAAGAGAUUGGAACGGGAGAGAAAUGAAAAAGAACAAAGACAAGCGCUACAGGAAUUGAGGAUGUCGCGUCAACGUGAUUCAGAUGCAAGCCAGCAGCAAUUGGGACAGCAGCAGCAGCAUCAACAUCAACAUCAACAAUUGCAAUUGCAGCAACAAACUAACACACCUUGUCCUAGUCCACGGACUCCGCAUUCAACUGACGAGUUAUUGCCUGCUGUUGAGGAAGGCAAAGAAGCUUUUUAUAAUGAGGUAGCAACAACUUCUGGUACAUCACAACUUCCAAGUACGUCAAGAUCAAAACUUACCCACCAAAAAUCGUUGUCAUCAUUACCAUUAACAACAACCGCAGUUACCUCAUCAACGACAGUAUCAUCAACAAUGCCACUAAAAAAAAAGCGUAAUGUUAAUAAUGAAACGGCCUUUACAACUUCAUCUGCCGUGUGUACAACAGCCUUUAAUAAUAACCGAGACACCGGCAACUGUUCCAACGUAGUUGAUAUUUUUGAAUCAUAGACCAAAUUUUUUAAUUUAUUAUUCAAUGACGUUUCCAAAAAUAAAUGUUUAAAGUGACGUGACUUUUUUUUAUUAUUGGUCAUUAGCGAGUGGAAUUUAAUUAAAGUUAUUAAAAUGUUAUAUUUAUUUCUAAUUGGAUAUUUAAAUAGAAAUGAAUUUAUAUAGUGCCAAAAUUCAGGUAUUAAAUAUAUGUAAAAAAAAAAAUUGUCCGGGUUCUCAAAAAAUUAAUUUUUAUUAAUUGGUUUUGAUUAAUAUUGAGAAACAAUAAAAAUAUCAAGUCACCUCAUUUUGAAUAUUAUAUUUAAAAUAUUAUGACUAAAAGUCUGAUAAUAUUCCCGCUCAAACUCUUCCUGAAUAUCCUACGAAUUAUAAAAUAAUACGUUCGAGAUGAGUUUUAGCAGCUAAACAAAAAAAUUAAAUAUCUAAAAAAAUAAAAUAUGUUUUGUAAUUACCGACAUUUACAUAAUCCGAUUAAUUUAUUUUUUUCAUACUUAUUUACUUAUUUAAAAUAAAAUGAUUAUUGCAUUAACAAUUAUUAUGAUUAUUGAGGCACGAUAAAAUAUAUUUAUAUAAAUAUUUAAUAAAUGAAUGUUUAUAAAAAAAACAUAUAUAUGAAGCUUUGUAUACGUUUUUGCUUGUGUGCGGUUUUGAUGUCGAUUUGGAAUAAUUAUAUUGAUUAAUUAUUAUUGAAGCUUUAAUAUACAUUAUAUAUAUUCAUUUGUUACAUAUCAAUGUCGCACUAUCGUGCCUCUUUAGACAAAAAAAAAAAACUAAAAAAUGUUUACAUUAGUAUUGAUAUUUAUUAAUAUUACCAGUGUUAAAAAAUCUCGUUUCAAAAAAAUUCCAAAAAUGUUCGAUAUAAAGAACUUUUGAAUUUGAGACAGGUUAUAACUUUUUUUUAAUUUCAGGAUGUGAUAGGAAAACAUUGGGGGCAAAAUGGGCCCCGUAAUUGAGGGACCCAUUCCCCCCCCCCCUAUAGAUUAUUUAUAACUCAUGUGGGUAAAUUUCAAGUCAAAUAAGAGCGUUUUCAAAAUAUCUUUCAAAACGUAUACUUACUCCAUUUUCUUUUCCAAAAUAGAAAAUUUUCAAGUCUAAGAUUUUCGAACUUUUUUUUGAUCCAUUCUAUUAAAAUGAAUCAAUAAAAAGUAUUGGAAAUUAGUGAAUAUUUACUGAAGAUCUGAUCAAAUCAGUGACAUAGGGGAGGGGGUAAAAUGGGCUUAUAUUUAUAUGAUAUAUAACCUUUUUUUUAAGGGGCCCAUUUUUUCCCUCUUGUCUAUAUAAAAUUUUUGUUGCAUUGAAAAUUCACUGAUUGAAAAAAUUUUGACUGAUUCAUUAUAGGAGCAUGAAGAAAAAUGGAGUGGAUACGUUUUGAAAAUUGUGUUCUAUAAAUAUUUGACUCGAAAUUUAUGCAUGUAAGAUUUUACAACCAAAUUUUUCACUGUAAAAUUCAAAAAGUUAAAAUGUCUCAAAUUUUGAAGCUCAAUAUAUAGAAUUUUAUUGGAAUUUUUUGACAACGGAUUUUUUUCUCGGGUAUUAAUUAUUAUUAAUUAUUAUUAUAUAUUAUUGAGUCUACAAUUGUUAAAUAUAUAUAUUUAAAUAUUAUUGAUGUAUUAUUUUAAAAAAAUUUUUAUUGAUAAUAUAUAAGAGACGUAUUAAAUAGUGAUGGAGAAUGCAAUAUUGAAUUGUUAAAAAAAUUAAAAAAUAUAAAUAUUAAAAAUAAAAUGAAAAAUAAUUUGCUGAAUAAAUUCGUACAUUAAAUAGAAA